GUGUGGAAGCACAACUUCGAGAUCUUUCAGGUGUUGAUGGCCUGGCAGGACCCCAACAAGGUUCCCAUCAAGGCCUUCUACGAAGGCGUCACCAAUGUGAACUACAUGUCCACCCUGAGCUUCGACCGGCACCCGGCGGUGCGGCGCUUCUGGUUCGAGACCUUGGCGCAUUGGAUGCUGCGCUGCGUGGACAAGGUCGACCUAGAACCAUACAUCGCUCCGUAUCUCUUGACCGGUCUCUGUGAUGAGAACGAGGAGAUUGCGUUGGAGGUCUUUUGGCUGAUCGAAAAGAUCGGAGAGGCCUAUGAGGCCGAGAAAGAGGAGGACCUCCGGAAGACCAAGCAGUACGGCUUCGACUACACCUGGACCUACGGCGGCCGCGCCUCCGUUCCCUUCCCCCUGCAGGGCAUCUGGGCCGGCGGCGACCGCCUGGACCACGUGCGCAAGACGGGCGCGCGGGGACCGGACUUCUUGGGGCAGAAGGCGUUGACGGAGCAUCACCAUAGAGAGCUGUUAGAUGAUGCGGGUGAGGAGGAGGAGGAGGAGCGUCUAGGAGCUCCCUUGGAACUGCCGCGACGCGACUACUGCUGGCCGGACAGCCGCGGCCUGGACGUCUUCCCCCGGCUGCCGCGGCCACGGCUGGGCUCGCGGAGUUGGGUGCGGACGCACAGCAGGCGCUACAUCAAGGCCACCUUCAAUGAUGUGGUGGACUUCCGCGAUUGCACGGCCUUGAAUGCGGGGCGCUUGCUGUGUAUGUCCGUGGCCUAUACUGAAGAAGGCGCCGGCGAAAAAACUGAUUUUUGGGGAGCUGAUUUGGAGGGCUAA